GGUGUCGCUUCACCUGGGCAGGACCACAUUUUCAACAACAUGUAACCACCUUUGCUCUCUCUUCAGGCUUUUAAUGUCUCUAAUGGAGUUUAAUGACAACACAUAAUCCAAUUUUUUACUAGUUUUUCACCGAUGGCUAACCGGCACGUCCUGGCCUGUUUUGUGUGUGCUUUCGCUUUAGUUUCUGCACAGGUUGUGAAAUACGCCCUUAAGGGUCAGGAGAUAAACUUGGUGCCCUCUAUAUUUGGACAACCCGAUGACAUUCUCUGGAAACACAAUGGCAAGAAGGUGGUAUUUUUCGAUGGCAUGGAGGAGUUUGUGUUCCCUCCGUACGAGAACAGACUCACCCUGGACUGGGCCUCUGCAGAACUUACCAUCCAAGAGACCUUGUAUGAAGACAGUGGGAACUAUGAACUGGAAGUGAAAGUAUACAAGGAGGUGCAUCGCUCACAGUAUACAUGGGAACUUAUAGACAAAGUAGCUACACCUGUCAUAUCCUGUGAGAUGAGCGACGCAAAGCAGGCGACGCUUGUGUGCUCAACAGAGUCCAAACAUCCUCAUUUAUUAGAGUUUAAGUGGAGCUCAAAUGGAAUCAAGCAGACUGGACCGAAUGUAACAAUUACUCUCGAGGAUGAAGAUGAUGAUCAAGUCUAUCGUUGUGAUGUCAGCAACCCACUAAGCAACGAAACGGCUUCAUUUACCGCUAAGGACUGCUUUCUGGAAAAAAGAUUAGCAGUUCUACUGGCUGUCAUCUUUGGUGUCAUUUUUGCUGUCUUGAUUCUUCUCAUCAUGCUGGGCUACUUGUUCCGCAAAAGACUUCGAGCUUGUUUUGAAAAUACAAAGAAAGGAGUUUUAAAAACAGGACGGAGUGCAACAGAAGUUUCAGAGUCGAGUCAGGGCGAUGAAAGCACAUACUUCCUGGACGGAGCACCCACGCUUCCCUCCGAUCAGAGGCUUCGCCCUUUGAUUCCAACUGACUGGGUUGAUCAGGGCAGCGAAGAAAAGCUGGACUCAAACACUAUACAACGGUCGAACAAGGAGUUGACUGGGGAUGAGGGAGUGGAGUCAGACGCAGCUAUUGGUCUCACUGCUUCAUCCACCGAUCCACUUCAUUCCUCAAACAUGAACUCCUCUUCGGAACUAGAGGACGCUGAAUCUCAGCAGGUUACACCAGAAGUCACCAAAAAGGUAGAAGACGACUCACCUGCAGAACAGAGGUCUUCCCAUGAGGAAGACGAUUCAGAAAAAUCAGCUGCAGAAACUGGUCGGGAACCGGUUUCAAACACGACAAGCAGAGGCGAGGACCAACAGGAAGGAGGAACGUCGGCCUGUGAGGAGGAAACGCAGUCCAAUAGUGAAGAUGACGAGGGGAUAGCAGAUGAGUAUCAGAGUGAGAACACCUCUCGCCAUUCUCUGACUGACACGCCAAGCCUCAGGAAAACGAAUCAAGACUGCUAACUUUGCCACUAGAGACACCCAAGUUUGUAUUUGGGGAAACUUUUGAUUCCACAAACGCCAAGCCAAAUUGAGCAAAUCAUGAACUCAGUGUUUGAAAGUAUGAUUGAUAAAACAAAUAACCACUAUCAAUAUUACGACAUGAGCAGUUACUCAUGUAUGCAGUAAUAGUGUUAGAAUAGGCUGAUGUAAAGCUGUUUACUACUGUAUUUUUAUGCACUUAUUCAAUUAUAGAUGAAUGUAUGCAUUUUUUCUACAUAUUUGCCAUAUGCAAUGAGUUUAUAAAAUGAAUUUUCAGGUUG